AGAACGGACAACAUAUAAAUAAGCCCACUUCCCAUCAAUACUCUGUCAAUAGUUAUUAUUCAGACAGUUACUCCUGUGCUGUAAAAGGCCAUGAGGAUCUCCAUUCUCCUGCAGUGUGAAUUGAUCAGCUACAUUUUGUUUCAGGUGUUGUGGGUGAGAGCUGUAUGAAUGUGACUUACACCCAUCAGAGUAUCUGUGCUUUGAAAGGGUCAACAGUGGACAUAUCCUGCUUUUACACACAUCCCAGUUGGCAUAACGUCACAGAAGUGUCCUGGUUCAACAAAUGGGAGUCUGGUGUCACUAAAGACCUGAGCCUGAACCCAGAGUAUGCAGAUCGUGUGGAAUACCAUCGACAAACAGAAAAUGACUCCACCCUGAGAAUCACAGACCUGAGAGAAAGUGACUCAACUGAGUACAAGUUCAGCUUUACAUCUGGUAAGGCAAGAUGGGGGUACAACUUCCAUGGAACAACUCUGUCUGUCACAGGUCUGCAGGUGAAGGUGACUCCUGCUGCAGAGGGACAGAAGACACUGACCUGUAGCACCACCUGUACUCUGACUGACAACCCCACCUACAUCUGGUACAAGAACGGACAACGUCUAGAUGAGCCCACUUCCCAACAAUACUCUAGUAAUACCCUAGUAGUGUUGGGUCAUUCUGUGGACAGUUACUCCUGUGGUGUAGAACACCAUGAGGACCUCCACUCUCCUGCAGUGUGGAAACAGACCUCAGUUCUGACUGCAGCUGUAGGAAUCACAGUGGUUCUGGUUCUCAUCCUCUGUCUCUCUGGACUCAUGUGGUUCAGGAAUAAAGCCUUCAAAUCCACCUCUGACACAAGAGACACAGCAGAUGAUGGACAGGGAGACUCUAGUCCAGUGUAUGACAACAGCUCAGGCAUGGCAAUGAAAUCUACUGCAGCACAGACAGCAGCCACAGACGACCAGGAUGAUGUUCACUACGCCAGCGUCCACUUCUCUCACUCCAAAAACCAGGAAGUGCCUCUGUACUCCACCGUCCAAGUGCCUCAGCCCCAGAAACAGGAUGAGGAUGUCCACUAUGCUGCUGUGAAAUUCAACCUCCCCUGUGCUGCCACCUGACCCGCAGCAGCACAAGCAGCUGAGGAAGACUCCUCUGUUCUCUACAGUACAGUCAAUAAACCCUGACCCAAGAAGACCCAAACACAACAAACCCAGAACCAAUAAGACCUGAAUGCAACAAACCCAGAACCAAGAAGACCUGAACACAACAAACCCAGAACCAAGAAGACCUGAACACAACAAACCCAGAACCAAGAAGACCUGAACACAACAAACCCAGAACCAAGAAGACCUGAACAGAAGAAGUUUGACAAUAACCUUGUGUAUCAGGACCUGUAUAUUUAAACUAAGUGAUAUAAUGCCUGUGGAGGUGUGGAAUAUUGACCAUUAUAAACUGGGUGGUUUGAGCCGUGAAAGCUGAUUGGCUGACCGGCAUGGUAUACCAGACCGUAUACCAUGGGUAUUAACAUUUGUAUUUACUGGUCUAAGUACAUUGGUAACCAGUUUAAAAUAAGGCACCUCGGGGUUUGUGGUGCAUCCAAGCACUCCGCGUUGCAUUGUGCAUAAGAACAGCCCUUAGUGGUAGUAUAUUGGCCAUAUACCACACCUCCUCAGGCCUUAUAGCUUAAGUUUAUAAUGGCAACAAGGCACUUCAGGGGUUUGUGUUAUAUGACCAACAUACUGUUCCACGGCUUAUUUUAAACUGGUUAACAACAUAAAUAGAACAGUAAACAAGUAUUUUUACGUCAUACCCGUGGUAUAUUGUCUGAUAUACAGUAUAGACUUCUGAAAUGCUGUUUCAGCCAAUCAGCAUCCAGGACCAAGACUACCCAGUUUAUAAUAGUAUUUAAUAAUAUAUGCCAUCUAGUAGACACUUUUAUCCAAAUUCACACAGUCAUUACAGUCAUGCAUGAAUAUAUUUUUUGUAUGGGAAGUCCCAGCAGGAAUUGAACCCAUGCUCCAUGCUGUACCAACUGAGCCACAGGACGACUCUAUUCACACUUAGAGUAGGAGUUCUGAUCUAGGGUCAGUUAUGACUUUGAAACAAUUAUGAAUUAGAAAGGGACCUUAACAUAUUUUAUAUAUAUUUUUGAAAAAUGUUGUAUUCCUGACGUAGGAAACCUUGAGUUCCAGUUAUAUUUUACAGUGCAUUCAGAAAGUAUUCAGACCCCUUGACUUUAUCCACAUGUUGUGAUGUUUCAAACUUUUGCUCAAAUUUGCUCAUCAAUCUACACACAAAGCCCCAUAAUGCUAAAGCAAAAAAGGUUUUUAGACAAUUUUGCAAAUGUAUAAAUACAAACAAAUCUGCAAUAACACAUUUACAUAAGUAUUAAUCAGUACUUUGUUGAAGCACCUUUGGCAACGAUUACAGCCGAGUCUUCUUGGGUAUGACACUACAAGCUUUGCACACCUGUAUUUGGGGAAUUUCUCCAAUUUUUUCUCCAGAUCCUCUCAAGCUUUGUCGUGUUGGAUGGGGAGCGUCGCUGAACAGAUAUAUUUAGGUCUCUCCAGAGAUGUUCGAUCAGGUUCAAGUCCGGGCUCUGGCUGGGCCACUCAAGGACAUUGAGAUUUCUCCCGAAGCAACUCCUGCUUUGUCUUGGCUGUGUGCUUACGGUCCUUGUCCUAUUGGAAGGUUGAACCUUCACCCCAGUCUGAGGCCCUGAGCCCUCUGGAGCUGGUUUUCAUCAAGGAUCUCUCUGUACUUUUCUCCAUUCAUCUUUCCCUCGAUCCUGACUAGUCUCCCAGUCCCUGCCGCUGAAAAAUAUCCCCACAGCAUGAUGCUGCCACCACCAUGCUUCACCGUAGGGAUGGUGCCAGGUUUCCUCCAGGCGCGACGCUUGGUAUUCAGGUUUCAUCAGACCAGAUCAUCUUGUUUCUCAUGGUCUGAGAGUCUUUAGUUGCCUUUUGACAAACUCCAAGCAGGUUUCAUGUGCCAUUGGCUUCCGUCUGGCCACUCUACCAUAAAGGCCUGAUUGGUGGAGUGUUGCAGCAAUGGCUGUUCUUCUUGAAGGCUCUCUCAUCUCCACAGAGGAACUCUGGAGUUCUGUCAGGGUGAACAUUGGGUUCUUGGUCACCUCGCUGACCAAGGCCCUUCUCCCCCGAUUGAUCAGUUUGGCCAGGCGGCCAGCUCUAGGAAGAGUCUUGGUGGUUCCAAACGUCUUCUAUUUAAGAAUGAUGGAGGCCACUGUUUCCUUGGACAUUAAAAAAUACAGAAAUGUUUUGGUACCCUUCCCCAGAUCUGUGCCUCAGCACAAUCCUGUCUCUGAUUCUAGAGACAAAUUCUUCGACCUCAUUAUUUUUGCUCUGACAUGCAUUGCAAACUGUGGGACCUUGGUGUGGGCCUUUCUGAAUCAUGUCCAAUUAAUUGAAUUUACUACAGAUGGACUCCAAUGAAGUUGUAGAAACAUCUCAAGGAUGAUUCAUAGAAACAGGAUGCAGCUGAGUUCAAUUUCGAGUCUCAAAGCAAAAGGUCUGAACACUUAUCUAAAUAAGGUAUUUCUGUUUUUUAGUUUUAAUACAUUUGCAAACCUUUCUAAAAACCUGUUUUUGUUUUGUCAUUGUGGGAAAGUGUGGUAUAUUUUUAUUUAAUCUAUUUUAGAAUAAGGCUGUAACGUAACAAAAUUGGAAAAAAGUCAAGGGGUCUGAAUACUUUCCCAAUGCAUUGUAUAUAAUUCUAUAUUUUUUAUGUUAUGUUUCUGAAACAAACUUGUGAGACUUUUGCCUCAACGUCCAGGAAAGAGUUCUGCUUGAUGCAACGUUUCUUAUUGCUUUUAUCAAAUCUUUUUGUUGUAAACUGUGUUGUGACAUUUUUUAAACUAAACUUUUAAGAAUAAACUUCAUUGUCAUUGUUUUUAA